AUGACUGUAUUCAAUGGUCUUGGUUCAUUCUUCUUAAAAAGCUGCUUUAAUUUCGAAGUGACAUUUCUGAAAAGCACAACUGUUGUCAUAAAUGGCGAUGAUUUCACCCAUUUCAUCCUAAAGAACAUUAUUGGCUCUGAGGAUGACAAGCAUAACGAACCCCUUUUAUUCUCAGUGACCGCUUCUAAGUUGAUGAGCCAGUUAGAAAUGUGCGAAAUUAACCCAAUAUUUAUCUUCGACAGCCACACUGAACCAGAAUAUCGAUGGUACAGUGGUGGUCAGACAUGGUAUUCAAUCAAACGCUACAAAUCGUCAUUUAUGGAUGUACUGUCUGAUUUUGGUAUGCAGUACUCGACAUCUUUUAUUCAGCUGAAUAUGAUGCAGCUGUGUUAUCCAUAUAUUUGA